AUGAAGAUUUUUCCACCACUUCUACUGCUAAAUACUGUAUUGGCUCGCUUCCACAGUAAUCCUUGCUCGGUUCACUAUCCGAACAACCCGGAUUUCUACCAGAAUCCUUGUGGAAUCGCGUUUCGAAAAUGGAUGGACGCAUAUCACCAGAACAUUGUUUCUUGCGAUGGGAACUGGCCCAAGUGCAGCGAUACAGGUUACUACCUCCCUCAAGAAUGUCACUCCAGAGUUGAUCAGUACGGCGAGGAAAAGGAGAUUUGCUCGUGCAUGAGCAUAUCCAACGGCGAAGUUCUCAAGUUCAUCCGCACUUGGGGCGGGCGAAAACAGCUCGUCCCCAUCAGCAGCGAGUAUUUUGAUGAUUUCGAACACCGCUUAGUUUGCCGUCUCGCCCAGAGAGCACAAAGAAAAACUCUCGACUUAGAAACCUUCUGCAAGAUGCGCUACAACAAAAGAUAUACCAAGGGUAGUAGUGCUGAAGUUACUGGUUGCGUAAUCAAUGGUCAAUGCAAAAAGGGAAAGCGUAAAAGUCCGUUACAUAACUUGUCUGUUAGCGAGUCAACAGCAGGAAGAGGGAGUUUCAUGCCCCAGACCCUCCAUCUAACAUUCGACUAA